AAUACUUGGUGUGAUUUACCAUUAUGUUGAUCUCUUUCAUCAUCUCUUGGCAGAGAAAUGAAACCAAAUUUCUUAAAAUCAAAAUUGUUUUCCUCUUGAUUUCUUAUCUCUAAGAGGUAAGAUGAUGCGGCAUGCUUAUCCAUUUUCAUCAGGUGUUGGGUAUGUCAGCAUUUCAUAAUGCAGGCACCGGACCCUCUAAAGCUAAUAAGAGCAAUCGCCCAAGACGUGAGAGAGCCGCGCUUAUCAACGUCAUUCGCCACGGUAUAUAAUCCCAGCUUUGGUACUGACAGGGAACACGCGUCAGGGACGGUGGCACAUCCAAAGAGCUUCAUGAAUUCAAAGGGAGAGCUGCAAGAAAAUCUUCAGAGUUAACCAUAUAAAAUGCAGGGAAAGAAGACGUCUCAAGAGACAGUAACUAUGUCCUCUGAACUUCAGCCUAAUCCAAAGGGGCCACAGACACCUCCUAAAUCACCUGUUGGUCUUCUAAGGAAAAGGGGUCAAGAAGCAAUGCCAAAGAUGCAACCUUCCAUGAUGAUGUUCUCCAGCAAAUACUGGGCUCGGCGAGGGAUGUCUUUGGAUUCGGCAAUGUUUGAUCAACAGCACCUUGGAGCAUCCAUGCUCCGGAGAACAUCCUUUAAUCGGAUAGAGGAGAGACCUGACAAAGAAGAACAGAAAUCCAGCCUUGACCCUGGGAAAUUAUCCGUGAUUUUCUCUCUCAAGAAUGAAGUGGGCUGUCUUGUAAAAGCCUUGAGACUCUUUCAGGAAAAGCAUGUGAAUUUGGCCCACAUUGAGUCUCGCAGGUCCAAAAAAAUAUCGAGUGAUGUGGAGAUAUAUGCAGAGUGCAGUUGUACAAAAAAGGAGUUUAAUGAGCUUGUGCAGCACCUAAAAGAUCACGUCAACAUCGUCUCAUACAACACACCUCAAAAAGUGUGGUCUUCAGAGACUCUUGAUUGUUUGGACUGCGUGUGUGUUUUGGGUGGGUUGCCGGAUGCGGAUGGGAUACCCUGGUUUCCUCAUAAGAUCUCAGAGCUGGACCAGUGUUCUCAUAGAGUACUGAUGUAUGGAUCCGAAUUGGAUGCUGAUCAUCCAGGCUUUAAAGACAAGGUGUACCGACAGAGGAGGAAGUAUUUUGUGGAGGUUGCCAUGAACUACAAAUUCGGGCAGCCCAUCCCACGUAUAGAGUACACAUCCGAGGAGGUGAGGACGUGGGGUGUGGUGUUCAGAGAGCUGACUAAACUCUAUCCUACUCAUGCCUGCCGCGAAUAUUUGAAAAACCUCCCUUUGCUCAAAAAGCAUUGUGGGUACAGAGAGGACAACAUCCCACAGCUGGAAGACGUUUCUAUGUUCCUGAGAGAGAGGUCAGGGUUCACCGUACGACCUGUAGCCGGGUAUCUGUCACCACGUGAUUUCCUGGCCGGUCUGGCUUACCGAGUGUUUAACUGCACUCAGUAUAUACGUCAUAGCACAGAUCCUCUAUAUACACCAGAACCGGACACCUGCCAUGAACUGCUUGGUCAUGUACCACUCCUGGCAGAUCCCAAGUUUGCUCAGUUUUCACAGGAGAUUGGCCUUGCGUCUCUUGGGGCUUCCGAUGAGGACAUACAAAAACUGGCAACUUGCUAUUUCUUCACAAUUGAGUUUGGAUUGUGCAAACAGGAUGGUCAGUUGAGAGCUUACGGAGCAGGUUUGCUGUCUUCAAUUGGAGAGUUAAGGCAUGCAUUAUCUGACAAAGCCACAGUGAAGGUGUUUGAUCCCAAAACAACGUGCUUUCAGGAAUGUCUCAUUACAACUUUUCAAGAUGUUUAUUUUGUCUCUGAGAGUUUUGAAGAGGCAAAGGAGAAAAUGAGGGAUUUUGCUAAAUCAAUAAAGAGACCGUUUUCAGUCUACUACAAUCCGUACACCCAAAGCAUUGAUUUGCUGAAGGACACCAGGAGCAUCGAGAAUGUGGUGCAAGAUCUACGCAGCGACCUCACCACCGUCUGUGACGCUCUGGGAAAAAUGAACACGUACCUCGGCAUCUGA